UAAUAAAGAUAUUGAGAGGAGAAAUUUAUGUUCUGAUAAGACUACAUUUGAGGAUCUUGAGGAUUAUCAAGAAAAUACUAAGAGAACAUAUGAAAAGUAUGAGACGAUCAAGAUGAACCCAUACAAUUCUGAAUGAGAGAACAAUAGAAAAAUCAUACCUCACAAAAAGCAUCAUGAAGACUUAAAAGUGAUAUUGUGUCUUACAAUUUAUCGGAAAACUCUUACUCAAGUCCCAGCCACUAUAGAAGAGUUAAGAUUAGUUUGCCUUAAGAGCAUUAUUUCAUCUUGGAAUAUUCCACUCGCAGACAAAGAUUUCAAUUUAUUCUUCUUCGAUUGUGAUGGGGAGAAAUGCUCGAUAGAUACACAAGAAGAUCUAGAGUGCACUUAUAACCUCGCUAGAAAAGCAAUACCUCCUUGGCUCAAGAUCCUCGUCCAAGUCGAGAGGGGGGUCAAUGGAGAACAGAGUAAAGAAGUCAUCAAAUACAAGAGGAAACUAAAUGAAAAGUUUCAGCAUGUUGAAAGCGAUUUUGAUUCAAACUCAGAUGACGAUAAAUGAUUCCAAGAAGACUAUACAUUUGAUAUACAAGAAUGUGACACCCUUGAUUUAAUAAGAGAAGGUUAUCAAUACUAUCGUAAAGGAGGCCCAUUUGGAAAUCGUACUCAAAAAAGACAUCUUGUGAUGAUCUAUAAAUGCUCUUUACACAAAUGUAAAGGAAUGUGGGAGACCCAACCUUUCCAAUUCAAUGGAGAAUAUGGAAGGUUACUAAUCUCCCAUAAUGCUCCUAGAGAGGAGCAUAAUUUGGAAACUGAAGAAUCACUUAUUAAUAAGUGGUGAAAAUCUAUGCUUACAGGCGGAACUCCAAGUUUUGAAGUAAUUGGUCGUCCUCAUGUCAGAAAAUUAGUCCAUGCUUUAUCCUUACACGAUCCAAAUUUAACAGCAACUGAAGUGAGUUUAAUGAUCAAAAAGGCAUUUCCUAGAGCUCAACUCUUUGGUAAAAAGAAAAUGGAUGCUAUGCUUUCAAAAGCCAGGACUAAAGGAAUUCGACAUCAAGAUACCCCAGGACGUAUUGAAAUCAAAUCUGUAUUGACAUUACGUAAGACAACUUUUGGAAGAGGAUUCAGUUUUAGAUUGAUCGAUGGCAAACCAAGCUAUUUCCUAUAUUUCUGUUCAGACUUUCAAGAAGAAAUUGCACACCAAGUACGAGAAGAUCCAAAUUUACACUUAUUCAUUGACGGAACGUUUAAAUGAUGCCCUGUAAUCUGGAAUCAGCUUCUAAAUAUCUGCGUCUAUCAUAGAGUGAAAAGACUCUACAUCCCUAUAGCUCAUGUGUUAAUGCAGUCUAACAAGUAUGAGGCUUACUCUACCUCACUAAAAUGGAUAAAUAACAUUCUAAAUCUCAGCCCCAAAUUUCUUACAUGAGAUUUUGAACUUGGCUUAAUAAAGGCAACUAAAGAGAUAUACCCAGAUUCUCAACUAGUGCCGUGAUUUUUCCAUUUUGUAAAAUGCUUAUGGACCAAUGCCAGCAAGACUCAGUUAAGGAAGAAACAAAUCCUGCCUCUCACGAAGCAGAUUAUUUUUUCGAUUAAAUCCCUUGCUUUUCGUAAACCUCUGUCGGUCUACAGGCAUUUUGAAAGAAUCAGGAAGAAUUUCCUCCAGAAAGUGCCUGAAAGCCUGAAGUUCUUUGAAUACUUCCAGUCUACAUGGAUGGACGGCAAGUUCAAGAUUAAAGAUUGGAAUUACUAUGAGAAGCUUAAUAGGUUCGAAGAACUUUCUAUUACCAAUAAUGGUCUUGAGUCCUUCCACCAAAUGAUUCAUUCACAAAUGAAGAGACUCAAGCCGAGCUUUCUUGGCUUCGUAAGCAUCCUUGCUAGAGUUGAGACAAUGAAGAAAGCCCAUUUCGAUCAAGAUAAGCUAAAUGGAGAUUCGCAGUAUAAUAGAUGAUGGCCUGCUACUAUGAUUUUUAGAGAGUUAUAUUCUAAAACACAACAGUAUGAGGAGGAAGACAAAGAAAUUGGAUCUGGAGAUGGAAAGAAAGAGGAUAAUGGAGUUGGGCUUAUAGAGAAAAAGUUCAAAGAGCCUAUUAAAGAUGUGAAAGAAGUAGCUAAGGAUAUGAGAGAGUCAGAGAAUUAUUUUUCAAUGUUUGUAGAAACUUCAAAAACUAAAGAAGCAUGGACUGCUCAUUCUAUAUCAAUGAAAGAGUCAAAUAUCAGUUCAAACGAAGGAGAUCUUCCAAAAAGAAACAUGUACACAGAUUAUGACCAUCUCAUGAAUUCCACACGAAGCAACAUAAAGCUAGUCAAAUCCAAAGAGACCCUCAAAUCUAAGCUUCCCAUCAGCAUCAAUGAGAUCAUCGAAGACGAUUCUGAAGCCAAAAGAUUCAUCAACGGCGACUACAGCAUCUCAAGACCCUUAUUCUUUAACAAAUUGAUCAUGCAACAACAAAAUCAACCUGAAAUGGAAGAUAAAGAAACUGAAAGAAUUUUGAGGUUUAUUAAGAGCCAGAUACAAAAUAUCCCAGGAUCGAAGAAGAUGUUCCUUGACAUGAUCGAGCGAACAGAAGCUGCUAAAGGAGCAGAGAAGGCUAAAGAGGUGAACACAACCAAGAGAGGAAAGAAAUAUGAAGAAAAGAAAUAUAAUAGGAAUGAUCAAAGGCAGAAAGAGAAUUCAGAGCAGGACAAUAUUAGGAACAAAAAAGUUACAGAUAAGAUAGAGGGAUUUAAAACUAAGUGUAGCCCUGUUUUAGAUACCACGAUUAGUGAAGAUAGCUUCUCUGGAGAAGAAGAGAAUUUUGGGGCAGAGGAUGCAUCUGUUUCGGAGCAAUUUAGUUGUAAGCAGGUUGAUCCAUUUGCCAAGAAUUCCGAACAACUGGAUACUUUAGUAGAAACAAUUUCUCUACCAAAUGACUCUUCUAUCCCUACACCUGAGAUAAAAGUAGUCCUUUGCUAUUCGAUACAUAGAUUUGUUCUUCCUGAUACUCCAGCCACAAUUACUGGUCUCUUUAAAACAAUUGAGAAGAACGUUAUAUCUUCUUGGGAUAUCCCAAUCACAAAGAACGACUACAAUAUUUUCUUUUUCCACACAGAUGGAGAUGAAAUUGAUAUUGAGACCCAAGAAGACCUGCAAGUAGCUUAUAAUAUGGCUGAGAAGGCAGUCCCCAAAAGUUUGAAAGUGAUUAUUAAAAUAACGAGAGGGAUUAAUGGAGGAGACGAUGAAGAUAAAAUCAAGAAAAGGCGAAGAUUAAACAGUGAUUUUAAAGAAAACAACAGUGAUUUCGAUAGCAACUCUGAAGAUGAAGUUUUUAUUGAACAAUUCACUUUUACCAAAGAAGAAUGUGAUAAGGCAACCAUCAUUAGAGAAGGCUAUCUGUAUUAUAGUAGAAAUCCCUAUGGAGAGCAAGCUUACUACAAAAAACACAUGGUUAGUUUGUUUAAGUGUAUUGAAAAGGAUUGCACAGGCAGAUGGGAGACACUUCCACUUUUCUUCAAUGGAGAAUAUGGAAGAUUAGUUGUUCCUCAUUCACUAUCAAAGAAUGCUCAUGUUUUGCAUGCUAAGAAAAGUGCAGCUCAAAAAUACACCAAAGCUCUCAUGCUUGAUGCAAGUUCUACUAAGACGCAAAUAAAUGAUGAAGAACUAUUAGAGUUAGUCCGAAUGAUGGUGAAACAAGAUUCAAAUCAAAGGGUCACAGACAUAUUACUCAAAAUCAAAAAGGCUUUUCCCAAUGCCCCUAUUCACAGUAGAAGGAAACUAUGAAGCAUUGUUGCCCAAGAAAGGAAGAAGUUAUUAGGUAGAUAUGAACACCCAGGCUCAUUCGAUAUUAAAUGCCUAAAAACUCUGAGGAAAACCCAAUUUGGCCAAUCGAAAACGUUUGCACUGAUAGACAACCAAGCUAGAUAUUUCUUUUUCCUAUGAUCCGAUUUUCAGCAAUCAGUUGCCCAAGAAGUAAUAGAAGAUCCAAAUUUGCAUUUAUUCAUUGAUGGAACAUUCAAGUGCUGCCCAAGGUAUUGGAGUCAACUAGUGAAUAUCUGAGUACUUCAUAGAGGAAAGAACCUCUACAUGCCAAUAGGGCAUGUUUUGAUGCAGUCUAAUAAAGAAAAAGCAUAUGAAAUUACACUCCAAUGGAUAAAGAGGUUCUUAAAACUGAACCCGAAGUUUAUCACUACAGAUUUUGAACUUUCCUUGAUGAAUACUGCUAAGAAGGAAUAUCCUAAUUCCCAAUUAGUCCCUUGCUUCUUUCAUCUGGUAAAAUGCCUUUGGACAAAUGCAGGAAAAUGAGGUUUAAGAAAAAGGAAGAUAUUAAAGCUUACUAAGCAACUGAUAUUCUCACUCAAAGCUCUUGCUUUCAGAAAGCCAGGAAGUGUAAUCAGAAAAUUCAUUACAAUCAAAGACUGGUACUCUACAAAAGGAUCUUGCUUUGUUUCCUUUCUAGAAUAUUUUGAGAAUACUUGGAUUGAUGGGCAAUUCAAAAUCAAAGAUUGGAACUACUAUGAUAAACUGCAGAUAUUCAAUGAUCUUUCCCUAACCAAUAAUGGCCUUGAAUCAUUCCAUCAGAUGAUUAAAUCCCAGCUACGUAAAAGCACUCCAAGCUUUGCUGGAUUCCUCAGCGUCCUCACCAAAGUAGAAGCAAUGAAAAAAUCCCACUACGAUGAGGACAAGAUCAAUGGUGACCCUCAGUACAACCGCUGUUGGCCAACCACCGAAAUCCUCAAACAACUCUACUCCAGCCGCCAAUCCGAAGACCCCUUCCCUCUCUCCCCCUCUCCCUCCUCUACCCCCUCCAAGACCGCCAAAUCCCUCCUCAAAAUCGAAAAUUACUUCGACAUGUUCUGUGACCUCAAAGCCAUCAAACAAAACCUCACAAAAAUGCACUCCAAAUCCGACAAGACCAAUUACACCAAAACCAACGAAAAGAGUAAAAAACAAUUCAUGAAGAAAAUCUCUACUGCGAAGGAAGAUUACACACAAGUAGUGGAUAAACAUGGGCUGCCUAAAUCUUUUGAAGAAGCUAUGGAGAAUGAUGAGGAUUUUAAGCGACUGGUGCAAGGACAGUUUGAGACUAACCAGUUGUAUUUUAGUGAAAGGAUGUAAGUUGAAUAAGUGGUUUUAGUGGUG